AUGGCUCCAUCCAGUCUGGUACCAUGGGUGCCUGGAUUAGUUCUAUCUACUAACGAUUCUAGUUCAUCAACACUCGCCUUCAUUCAGGCGAGAACACUCUUCGCCUCCGUCCUCGGAUGUCGGCCAUCCCCUAUUCUUGUUCUCGUUGAGUCAGUCCGUCAGUCAGUCAGUCAAUUGAAAUUACCCGCCCAGUGCUGGUAUCAUAGACUAUUGAUGGAACGGACUGGUUACUUCCCCGUCCAGCAGCAAGCGAUGGCGGCGAUGCUGGGAUCCAAGCGAGCUAAUACAGCUAAUUCUCAGACUAAUCCGCUGGAUGAGCCAGUGGGAGGACAGAAAUCACACUGA